AUGAAUCAAACGCAAGUCAAUACAAAUGUUAUUGCCACGAUCGAAGAUUACUAUCUUGUAGCCUUACUUUCCAGUGUCUUUGGUGUAUGCGGAAUAAUCAUCAGUACAUAUAUAAUGAUUUUAAUUGAUCGAGCUAAAUCUCGUCUACGUACUGUUCAUCGUCUUCUGGUCAAUAACACAUGUUUUGCAUCGAUCUUCUACAGUGUCAUUACGAUGAUCAAUUAUAUCGUCUUUAUUUUUGCACAAUGGGAGACCAGUAACAUUGGUUGUAAAUGGCGAGCAUAUCUCGCUUACGUGGGCAUUGCUGGCGUAUUACAUUCGUAUAUGAUUCAAGCGAUAUCAUGUAUCUGUUCUUGUGUGUUUUCAACAACGCAUCGAUGGUUGACAACAACUAAAACGCAUUAUUGUCUUAUUGCUGUUCAAUGGUUGAUCGUUCUCGUCAUUACGUUGUCGACGCUGAUAACAGAUGAUGUUCAAUAUCGUCCUCAGAAAUUAUGUUUCAUUCCAAUCAAAAAGACUUUACAUGCUAUCUGCGCUAUAUUUGCAUAUUAUAUUAUUCCAUUGGCUACUACUAUCGUUAUCUAUGUAUUUAUAUUUUGUCGAAUGAAGAAAACCAUCAAGAUAAACAGUACAUAUCAACGUGUUAAACGCGAUCUCGAAGCUCUGCGAAAUAUCAUUUUUCUCAUUGGUAUUUAUAUUACUAGUGGACUGCCAAGUAUCAUCUACUUUUUUUCACCAUCCAAGUAUCUUUAUUUAAUCAAUUUGGCCACUCAAUCAUUGGCGGUUACUCUUGCAACAUCAGCGACUCUGUUAUUAGAUAGAGAAAUUUGUCGAUUGAUCAGAACUAGUCUGUGUCGAACAACGCUUGUGGUUCCAUUUGAUAACGCGCAUAGUAUCAGCAAAGGUCAAGCAAAUCGUCAUGGAUGA